AUGGGGCGGACCGUCAGCGCCGGGCCGCCCACGACCGUGAGCAAGAACACGGUUCAGGGCUUUGUCGUGCCCAUCAAGCACAGCGACGAUGUAAGUACGGUCAUCGCAGACCUCCAGCAGCAACGCGCCCUGCGACGGGCCACCCAUAUCGCGUACGCCUACCGCGUCAUCGAGAUGGCGGCGGAUGCGCCCGAGAAGUCGUCGCACCCCGUCGCCGAGCUCUACGACGUGGUCGAAGGUAUGCACGACGGAGGCAUGUUUGGCGCUGGCGACAAAUUACUCUACGUGCUGCAACGCUGGGACGUGCACAACGUUGUGCUGGUGGUGAGUCGCAUCGAUGCCUCGUACUCGGGACAACUGCUGGGUGCCAAUACGUACAAGCUCCUCGUCGAAAGUGCGAAGCAAGCACUCGAGCGAUUCGCCGUCGACUCGCUCGAGCCGGCCGAGGCCGCCAAGCUCGCGAUUUCCGAGCUCCCGCCGCAGCUUCCGCCGGCCAAGGUGGCCGCGACCACGACCAAUAUCGCGUACGAAGGCGGCGCAUACAUGGUGGACGGUGUCUUGCAAGGCGCCAAGCAAGGGCGGAUCAACCACUUUCUCGCGGACCGACGCUCCAACCAGAGCCAGGAUUGCAAGAAUGAGACAAUUCGGAGCCUCGAUGCGUUGGGGAUUUCAAGAGAUGAACUCACUUUGCUUCGCGCCGUACGGUCGCCGUCCAAGGAGCUCCACACCGUGCUG